CUUAACGCAUCCCUGGGAACGGAAACAAGUCCAUCGUCCUUACUCGCGUGCUUUCAUCGCAGAAAAUGUCCGAGCUCACUCUUGAUACCCUCAUUGACGAUGGAAAUUACCUUGGUUCUGAGCGUGCGCGGCUCGAGAACAAGGUCAUCCUGGACGAACUCGAACGCAAGAAGAAGGCACGGAGUCUCGCCGUGCCGACGGAUGACAAUCGUGUAAAGGCGAGAUUGCGCGAGAUUGGGGAGCCCAUCACACUGUUUGGAGAGCGCGCUGCCGACCGGAGAGAUCGUCUUAUCUAUGUCUUGUCACAAAUUAAUGCCGCUCGGGGAGAUGAGGCCAUGCAGGUGGAGGAAGAGGAGACGUCGGAGGAAAGCGAAGAGGAGGUCGAGGAGUUCUACACUCCAGGUCCACUCCAGCUCCUGGAGGCUCGCAGGCGGAUAGCGGAGUAUUCUCUGCCCAGAGCUCAAAAACGAGUCACCCAGCAGCGGUUAGACAGCAAGAUACCACUUGGUCGGAUCAUUGACAUUCGCAAGAAAAUAUUUUCCGAAGUCAAGCGCUUCGCGGAGCUGGGUUCUCAGAUUGGCGAUGACAGGCCAAUCUCGCAAGUCCGCUUCUCGCCAGACAGCAAGCUCCUUGCAACCGGCAGUUGGACGGGUAACAUCAAGCUCUGGAACGUACCGAAUUGCACCCCAGUCCGCACCCUGCAUGGCCACAGUGACAAGGUUGGAGGCGUUGCGUGGCAUCCGCAGGCCACUUUGUCGCAAAGUGAAGGUAGCGUGAACCUCGUCAGUGGCGCCGGAGAUAUGGACGUGCAUUUAUGGUCUCUAAAUAGUGAGACACCGCUGUCCGUCAUGAAAGGACAUGCGGACCGGAUAUGUCGAGUGGCCUUCCACCCGAGCGGUGACUAUGUCGCCAGUGCAAGCUUCGACACAUCCUGGAGAUUGUGGGACGUGGCAACAUCAAAGGAGUUGCUGCUGCAAGAAGGCCACUCGAAAGAGGUGUAUACCGUCGAAUUCCAGGAAGAUGGUGCCUUAGCCGCCUCGGGAGGUCUGGAUGCAAUAGGCCGAGUGUGGGAUCUCCGUACUGGGCGAACGGCGAUGGUGCUCGAUGGGCAUGUCCAGGCCAUCCUAUCAAUCGCGUUCUCUCCGAAUGGGUAUCAAAUUGCAACAGGUUCUUGCGAUGACACGAUCAGGAUCUGGGACAUGCGAUCCCUGAGAGCAUUUUACACGAUCCCUGCGCAUCUGUCGAAUGUCUCAGAUAUCCGGUUCUUCCGCGGCACUGAUCUGCCGUACAACAACGUCACCGACUCCCAACCGCCGGACAUCACGAUGGACGGCACAGAUGACAAGGAGAAGGACCAAGAGGCGGAAGAGCGCAGAUACCGCCCCGGGCUCUACAUGGCAAGCGCAGGCUAUGACGGCCUCGUGAAGCUGUGGAGCGCGGACGACUGGCAGCUGCUGCGUACGCUGCCGACGGACGGUGGGAAGGUGAUGUCGGUGGACCUCUCGAACGAUGGAAGGUACCUGGUCUCGGGAACGUAUAACCGCAACUUCCAGAUGUUCGCACCCGAUGAGAGCCUGAUCUAGAUCCGCUGCGUGUACGGUUAGCGUAAAUGCGAAGUUAGCUGUAUGAUCGCGAUCUUGUCGUGUGUACAAUACAACAUUCUCAUAUGGGU